AAUGGCUUCCGCUUGUCUACGGCGAUAUCCCUAAUCCCAUAUACGAAAUUUAUCCCACAACUUUUGGGUGGAAAUGUGGCCUAAAAACAAAAGCUACAGAUCCAAACACCAUCAUCUCCCUGUGCCCCCCCUCAUCUUUCCAUGUAUAAAUGCCAUAUAUACACAUCAUGCGUCUCACAUUCACCUACAUAUCUCUCCCCUCCCGGUACAAAAUCAGCACCCCACGAGCUCACCCCCAUCCUCUUCCCAAUUAUUUAGUCUCCCCUCCUUAUCCCUUCACCUCCAUCUCCAAUCAUUAACCUCCCCGCUCCCCCUCUUUCCCCUUUUCCUCUCCUCACGCCUAAAGUGCUAACAACACACACCAGCUAGACUUCCCAAAUCUUUACAGUCUCCUUCCCUCUUCCAUGGCUUUAGAGACAUGGCUCACUCGAGUCAAGUCCGCCAUCCGCUCUUCGAUGACCCAAGAGACCUCAUCAGUGAUCCUCACCAAGAGGUCCUCCACCGUCGGCAUCCUCGCCUUCGAGAUCGCCAGCCUCAUGUCCAAGCUCGUCCAUCUCUGGCGAUCCCUCUCCGACUCCCAAAUUUCUCGCCUCCGCCACGAGACCAUCGCUCUCGAAGGAGUUCGCAAGGUCGUCUCCGACGAUGACGGGCUUCUCCUGGGGCUGGCCUUCGCCGAGCUCGCCGAGGCCCUCCGCCUCGUCGCCGCCUCCACGUCUCAUCUGAGCAAGCAAUGCGCCGAUCAGGAGCUCCGCAGGUUCGACCAGAGGUUCAAGAGCUACGCGGACUCGGGCGCGGAUCCGAGUCGGUGGGCGAUGAGCGCAAAGGAGAUGGACUCCAGAGUCAAGAAAAUGGAUCGACUGAUAGCAGCAACAGCGGCGCUUUAUAAAGAGAUGGACGAAUUAGCCGACUCCGAGCACGGGUUGAAGAAAAUGAUCGUCCAGAGCAAACCGAACAAGAUGACGGCGGUCGCCGACGUCCAGCAGAAAAUCUUCUGGAAGAGACAGGAAGUCAAGUACCUGCGACAGAGCUCGCUUUGGGGAUCCACAUUCGACGGAGCGAUCUCGCUUCUGUCCCGAUCGAUCUUCACGAUUCUUGCGCGAAUCAAGCACGUGUUCGGCAUUGACACUACGACCGCAAUCCCUCGCUCGCCGUCGGUGUCAGCGGCUGUCCAUCCCGAUUCGCCCCUAAAAGUCGGCUCUUUGUCGAGCUCGAGCCCCAGGUGCGAUCUUUUCGAGCUGAGUUCAUCGAUGAUCACUCCGCCGGAGUCAACCCUAGGAGCAGCAGCGCUCGCGACGCAGUACGCGAACGUGCAUGCAUGUGAUGACGAAGAUGAAUUCGAACGCCGAGAGCGGUGGGCCGCGAUGCGAGGGACGAUCUGUACUCGAUGGCUGCGAAGAGUGUGGGAGAAGGUGAGGCCGGGGUGGGCGGAGUUGUUGGUGGGGUUGAAUUACGUGUGGAGAUUUGAGAUGGAGAUGUGUUUGGAUCGGGGUUUAGGUUUCUGAGGAAUUGGAAUUGGGAUUUUGGGGGAUUUUGAUUUUUGAUUUUUGAUUUUUUUUUUAGGUUUGGGUUUUGGUUUAAUAUAUGUCGCCGUUGGAUUGGAAAUGGCCGGUUGAGAUUUGUAUAAAGCCACAUGAUGUUAUCCUUCGUGGUGUGAUCUACUAACAAAAGGUAUAUUUUUCUUUGA